UUAUCAUCACCAACCCUUGUUUUUUAACAUUAUUCCACCUCGACUUAAUUAUUCUUUCCUCACCACUCUUUUUUGUCGCUCCUCUUCCUUUAAUUAUUUACACCCUCAUCACGAAUCGCGAAUUGAUGGCAUAAUAAUUGGCUCUUAAAUGUGUCUAUUGCUCUACUAGCGCAUUCUACCUCCGAGAUUUAUCUUUUCUCUCCUUUCUGUCCCCAUUAAAAUACUUCGAUUCGCAAGCUUGUACAGAGCCAAUACUACAUCCAGCACAUCGCAGAUUCGAAUCCACCUCGGCUCAUUCUUCUUUUGCUGAUGGCCUCGGCCAUAACUACUAUCUCACCAUCCUCCUAUCGACAUUUUACAUACUACGAUCGACCGACCGACUUCCUCCCUUCCACCCCUGUCAAGCUCUCAACGCCAAUCGCAUCUUUUGUCCAUAUUAUCUUCGUCGCAAUUCCCGCCGUCCGUUGAUCGCAGCAAUAGUAUCGGCGGCAAAGACGCUGCCAUAAACAGUGUCGAAAUGUCGCAAUCGCAACCUUCAUCACAACAAUCUUUUACCAUGAGCCAACCCGCCUCCCAAACAUAUAGACAAUUCUCCGACUCGGGUAUGAGGUUAGGGAAUGGAAAUGGUCAUGGGCAUGACCAUGAAGCGCCUCAAAUUUACUCGGCAAUUUAUUCUGGUACGGACGUCUACGAGAUGGAAGUAAAUGGAGUUGCUGUUAUGCGCCGUCGCGAAGAUAGCUGGUUAAACGCUACCCAAAUACUUAAGGUUGCCAACAUCGACAAGGGAAAGAGAACAAAAAUCCUCGAGAAGGAAAUACAGACUGGCGAACAUGAAAAGGUCCAAGGAGGCUACGGCAAAUAUCAGGGCACAUGGAUUAAGUUCGAGCGCGGCGUCGAGGUUUGCCGUCAAUACGGCGUCGAGGAAUUACUACGCCCUCUUCUUACCUAUGAUAUGGGCCAAGAUGGAGGUGUUGCCGGUAGGGGUGAUUUUAAUACUCCUACCAAGGAACAAGCUAUGGCUGCGCAGAGAAAGAGAAUGUAUAGCGCCAACAGCGAAGGACGUGCCAAUGGUUUGUCUGGAACCUUUUUCAAGAACAUCUCCAGUACAGCGUCUACUGCUGUUGCUGCUAUCAGUAAAGCUCGGUUCGAUUCACCCGGUCCAAGGGGUCGGAAUGGUCCAACAAGACCUCCUAGCUUUAGUCGCCAAUCCUCGAUGCAAAACGCCGAUGAUUUCCCUGGAAACUCGCAACAAAGUUUCACAUCUGACUACGGCCAAAAUGUUGAUACGGCAUACUCAGCUCAAAACUCACAGAUUUUUAAUGGCGACGAACCUCCACGAAAACGCCAAAGAGUUGUUACUCCUGCAGACAGCUUUGGAUAUGCUUCGCAGUCCAUGGAGAUAUAUGCCAACAAUUUUCCCGGUUCGCCGACAGAGCCCAACGAAUCUUUCGUUUACUCACAAGCUGGUAUUGACAUCCACGAGAGCGAUGCCGUACCACUUCCUCCUUUACCAUUUGACCUCUCCCCCGAAGCUGAACGAAAGCGUAGCCUAGUAAUGGGACUCUUUCUAGAUCCCAGCACCAACGCCUCCGAUUAUUCACAGAAUGAAGCGCUCCAGACUUUAUCACCCUUGGACCUCGAUGCUCCGAUAGAUCCACCAAGCCAUACCGCACUUCAUUGGGCAGCUACAUUGGCUCGCAUACCUCUCCUACGAGCACUUAUCUCGGCCGGUGCUAAUCCUUACCGAGUUAACGCAUCUGGUGAAACGGCUCUCAUGAGGGCCUCGGCAGUGACAAAUAAUUCAGAUAAUGUCACAUUUCCCGAUUUGCUUGAUUUGUUAGGAAAUACCAUCGACGUUCGAGAUAAUAAGGGUCGAACUGUCCUACAUCAUAUUGCUGUCACCAGUGCAGUGAAGGGUAGGAAUCAUUCCAGCAGAUACUAUCUUGAGAGUCUACUUGAGUGGGUCGUAAGACAAGGAAGUGCCCCAAGCAGUCAAAAUACGGCGGCUGGAGGCGGCCUAAGCCAGACGAAGAUGGGUAUUGGCCGGUUUAUGAGUGAGAUUGUUAAUGCUCAGGAUAAAUCUGGAGAUACCGCUUUGAAUAUCGCAGCUCGCAUUGGCAACAAAAGUAUCAUCUCACAGCUACUUGAAGUGGGUGCUGAGCCUACUAUUGCCAAUAAGGCAGGUCUGAGACCGACUGAUUUUGGAGUCGGUGAAGUUGGCGAAGACGGAACGAAUGGUGACUUGAUAGUUGCGGACAAGGCAAACGUAGCCGGUAACUGCCAGAAAACUAGAGAAAGCAGUGCUGAAAUCAUCACGUCUAUUACACACCUUUUAAACGAGACUUCUACCAGCUUCCAUGCGGAGCUUAAGAAGAAGCAACACGAUGUUGACUCCCUUCAUGCAUCUUUACGAACAACAUCCACACAAUUAGGCGACGCGCGACGACAACUUGAGACGUUACAGGCUACCGCCAAGUCGCAAUCUCUGGCACGUCAAAAGAUUAACAAUCUUAGCCGAGGUUAUGAGGAAGAGCAGAAGCGCUUGGUACGACAAGAACAAACAUAUGGUCGUUUUGACGCGGAUAACUCGUGGGAAACCGAACUCAACUCGGCCUUGGAUUCUAUAGGAGGAGAUACAACAAACGGUGCUUUGUUACCUAGUUCUGCGGUACUUCAGGCUCGCAUCCAGGCACUCAAGAACAGAAGAGAUACUACGAAGAAGAAUGUCGGCUUGCUUAAGAGCCGAAGCAAAGACGUCGAGGUUAAGUAUCGACGAGUGGUUGCAUUAUGCACAGGCGUACCAGAAGGUGAAGUCGAUGUCGUUAUAGACGGAUUAUUACGUGCAGUUGAAAGCGAGAAGGGCGAGUUGGAGAUGGGCCGCAUACGAAGAUUCCUCGGUGGUGUUGAUGCCGUACAUUAACGAGAGAAGUUGUCAUUGUGUGAUACGCCUAAUGGAGAUAGGAUGGGAUUUUAAAUCAGGGUCUUGCAUAAGACAGACACAUUGGUGUGUGUAUUCU